AUGUUGGCCCUCACAGACGUCCGCGCCGCCGCCGCCCUCGCCGUCGGGCUACUGCUGGUUGCGGAGCUGCACGGCGACCCUGUGGGUCAGGCUGCUGCGGGGCCGGCGGUCGGGCAUUCGGUUGCCCCACGCCCCGACGAGCCACUGGCGUCCGGACUACGCUCUGAGCUCGUUGUCAUCCCCCGCUCCGACGAGCUACAGGCAGCUGAGGAUAUGCUCAGUCUCGCGCUUGUCGCGCUCGUUGGUGGCACCCGGCCAACGGUGUCUGCGGCGAUGAUGGCCAGCUACCUCUACAACCGCUUUGAAAUACGUGCGGAGGACGGCGACGCUCGCCGACAUGAUCCUGAGGACUUCGUCGUGCGUUUUCGCCACCAAGCUGAUCGGGAUCGGGUGCUCGCCGCCCCACCGAUGGGUGCACUCCUUCCCCUCAUCUGGCGACCCUGGAGGAGGACCUUGUUGGCCAGCGGCGGAUCCUUCAGGUUUAGGGUGCUGGUCGGCCUGCGGCGGGUGCCCCUGCACGCACUCAGCGUGGCCAUGGCGCAGACCAUUCUCGGACCCAACUGCGCGGUGAUUGAUGUCGUGCGCCCGCGCGACGUCCCGCCGGAGGAUGACCAAGAAUUCUUCGUCGUAGCUUGGUGCCUCGACCCGAGCUUCAUCCCGGACGUACAGGUGAUCUUCAUCCCCGAGCCACGAUUUGGCAAUCCCGUUGAGGCCUCCUCGGAGGAGCUUCCGGGACUGCGGUAUCUCGUUCGUAUCCGUCUUGUUGCGUUCGAGAACUGGAGCACGCCGCCGGCAUCGCCUGGUGGGGGUGGCCAUGGGGAUGGGCCGAUUGGCGACACGGACGGUGGUGACCACGGCCACGCUGGCGCUGGCGCUGGUGGCUCCUCGUGGGGCACGUCCCCUGACGAGGGCUUCUCGCCCAGGAGGGACAGUGACGACGAUGGCUCGGCGGACAGCAACUUCAACCGUCGCCACCCCGGUUUCGACCGCUGCAUUGGCGCCGACCCACCACCGGAGGGGGGGCCGCUGCCCGUUCUACUCGUUCUUCUCGCGGGGCCGCUGCGCCUGCCGGCGACGCUGUGCUCGUGGGGACUUUCGCACGACCCAAUGUGGUCUGAAGCCACCCUUGCCGAGCCAACGAAAGCUGUCAGCCGCGGCGUCAGCCACAGUGAAAACCUGCUGCGCGUGCACCCCUUCGACCUCUGCCCACCUGCUGACCGCUCGCCCCCGUGCUGCUUGUCAGGGAUCGUUGGCCGUGCCCUCGGUCAGGACAUGCCUGCUACCGCGCUACCGAUUUGGGCCACGGGAGGGCCGCCCGUGGCCUCCCUGGCCUGCGAUAGCUUGGGGGGCUUGAUGAGUUCGAGCCUGGCCAGCCCAGCGCUUGUCCGCCUAGACAGCCCAGAGCUUCUGAAGCUCCCGCGGCCCCGGCGCCGGAUGUCGCACCGCCCACGCCAACGCCAGCGGUGUCUUUCGCCGACUCUCUUCGUCUGCCAAUUGUGGAGCCACUGCUUCACACUCCGCACGUCUGGACCUCGAAGGCCAGCGAUGAGGCAGCAGCCGCCUCGCCGCCGAAUCCGACUUCCGCGACCCUCAGCCAGAGAAGCAGGCGAAGCGAGUGUUGAUGGCCAAGUGGACGAGGCGGCCGCAAGGUACACCGACAACGCCAGACGACGCUAUCGCUUUGCGUUUCCGCGAGACCUUCACGACGCCGCUCUCCUCCUCCAAGCGGGCUGCCUUGUGUGA